GUGCGAUGUGGGCGAAUGUGCUGCUGGUGGUCGAACGUGUCGCCAUGUGGUGUUUGUGAAUUUUUGUGCAUGUGACGAAAAGCGAUGGUAUACUCAUGAGGGCGUUAGGACAAAAUGGUCAGAGAGACUAGACAUCUCUGGGUUGGAAAUUUGCCUGAAAGUGUUACCGAGGAACGAAUAAAGGAGCAUUUCAAAAGAUACGGCCGCGUGCAGAGCGUGAAACUGCUGUCGGCCGACAGUGCGUCCGGUCCGGCCGCGACAGUAGCGUUCAUCGACAUCAAGUCGGCGGCCAAGGCGCACAAUGCCGACAACCGCGUGGAGGACCGUCCGCUCAUCACCGAGUACUACGACCCGAACGGGCGGCCGCCGCUGGGCGACGAGCCGGGCCGCCCGCCGCCUGGCGUCGCCCCGUACCCGGCCGGCCGCGGCCGCGGCGCCGGCUUCAGUCGCGGGUGUGCGGAUGAUAUGAGUGUCAGAUCUAGUCAGAUGUACGGUGACGCGUUCGGUGUGCGACGCUAUGACGAGUAUAAGCCCGGGCGGAGAAACUACAGGAACGGACCUUUUUUAGAGAGGGGUCAGGGCUCGCGCUACCGCGGCCCGGGCUGGUACGGCGGCGAGCUGAGUCGGUUCGGCGGCGACGUCUACGGCGGCGAACGGUCGCCCGGCGUCGGCAAGGGGCUGGCGCGGCGCGGCUCGCCUGCCGCGCUUCAGCACGCGCGCGUCACCAUCAACAACAACAACAAGACGGCCCAGCCCAAACGGUCCGGCAGCGGCUCGGGCUCCGAGUCGCGCUCGCACUCGCGCUCGUCCAGCCGCUCACGCUCGUCGCAGUCCAGCCGCAGCUCGUCCAGCAGCAGCCGCUCGUCGCAGUCGCGCUCCGGUUCGCGCUCGAAGUCUCGCUCCCCGAGACGGAACAAGCGCGGCGGCCUGUCGUCGGCGGUGGCGGCCGUCGCGGCGUCGGCCACACAGUCGGGCAGCGUCAGCUCCGGCAUCGGCUCGUCGUCGCCGCAGCCCAACGGCACGGAGGAGCGCCGGCCGAUCGCCAUCUGCGUCAAGAACCUGCCGGCCCGCUCCAGCGACACGUCGCUGAAGGACGGCCUCUUCCACGAGUACAAGAAGCACGGCAAGGUGACAACGGUGAAGAUCAUCGGCCAGGGCGCCGAGCGGUACGCCAUCGUCUGCUUCAAGAAGCCUGAGGACGCCGAGAAGGCGCUCAACGUGUCGCACGACAAGAGCUUCUUCGGCAGCAAGAUCGAGGUCGCGCUGUACGAUGGCUUCGAGGUGGACGACUCGGACCACAGGCUGUUCUCCCGCCAGUACGAGACCGAGCUGGACGAGUAUCACCCGAAGGCCACUCGCACGCUCUUCGUCGGCAACCUGGACAAGGACAUCAAGCAGGUGGAGCUGAGGAAGGCGUUCGAGAAGUUCGGCGAGAUCAUCGAGGUGGACAUCAAGAAGACGCAGUCGUCCACGCCGUUCGCCUUCCUGCAGUUUGCCGACAUCGAGUCGGUGGUUAAGGCCAUGCGAGCCAUGGACGGAGAACACCUGGGCGGAAACGCGGUGAAGCUCGGCUUCGGCCGCUCCAUGUCCACCAACUGCGUGUGGAUCGACGGCGUGGCCGACGCCAUCACGGACAAGUACCUGGCGCGGCAGUUCAGCAAGUUCGGCAACGUCGUCGCCUGUCACAUCAACCGCGCGCGCGGCCACGCGCUCGUCACCUUCGAGACGGCGUCGCCCGCUCAGGUGGCCGUGAUCGAGAUGCGCGGCCGCGCUCUCGGCGGCAAGCGGCUGCAGAUUGACUUCGCGUCUCGCGAGUGUCAGGACGCCUUCUUCGAACACCUGAGCAAGCAGGGGCCCAAAUGGGACAGGUACGCGGCCUGUCGUAACGUGGCCAGGGACCCGGGCGGCUUCCGGUUCGGCGCGCGCUUCGAGCGCGGCCGCAGCUACCGCGGCGGCCGGUACGUGCGGCGCGGUGGCCGGCCGUUCGAGUACGACGACUUCGCGCGCGACCCAGCCGCCGCCUACGACGACAGCUACGAGCAGGAGCUGCGCGAGUACUACUCGCAGCGCCACGGCGACCCCGAGUUCCGGCGCGUGCUGGAGGCGGGCGGCGCGCCGUACUCGCCGGCGCGGCGCCGCUCGGCCGACCGCAGUCCGAGCCCGGGCGCCGGCAAGCCGGGCGAUGUGCACGUGUCGGGCCGGCGCGGCUCGGACGUGAAGCGCGCCGACUCGCGCCGCGUGUCCGUGGACAGUGUGAAGGCGGACGAGCCCGGCGAGGAGCGCGCCACACGCGAGAUUCCUCUCGAACCGCUAACCUCACCGCCGGCGCUCAUGUCGCCGCCGCGCCGGCCGUCCGUUGAGAAGCGGCCGGAGUUAAGUACAAAAGCGGGCGGCCAGCAGUCGCCGCGCGGCUCGGACUCGUCGGAGCCGUCGCCGCUGCUGUCGCCGUCGCUCGAGGACCAGAUCCGUGCGCUGGACGAGAGGUACGAGAAGUGGUCGGGCUCGUCGCGCACGAUCGGCUGCACCGUGUCAAGCGAGUGCGUGGAGCGGCUGAAGCGGCGCACGCGGCUGCUGGACCUCGACCAAAUCCGAUCUCAGCCGUCGCCCAUCAUGCAGUCGCUGCUGGCCAAGCGGUCCGUGUUCGACGAGGACUCGAAGCGGCUAGAGAACUUCGGCAAGAAGUACGAGCCGAAGCCGAUGGACCCGGCCGUGGCGUCCGAACUGCGCACUAAGACAGUGGUGAGCGGCACGGGCGGCAUCACGGGUACGCUCAGUGGUGUGAUCUCAAAGGUGUGCAGGCCGGUGUCAACGCUGGCGUCAACGCUGACGACGGCGCCGACGCCUACGGCGACGGUAUGCGCCGUGCCGGCCGCCUCGCCCGCCCCCGCGCCAACGGCGACGGCGCCGACGGCGUCACCCGCCGCUGCCACCGAGCCCGGCUCGCCAUCCUGGGAGCCGGAGCCGGAGCUGGCGCUAGCGCAGGCGCAGACGCAGACCCAGGAGGGUGGCGGCGGCGUGCUGGAGCCGGAGGUGCCGGCCAGCCUACCGACGCCACCCUGCUCCGUCACGGACCGCGCCAGCGUCGACAGCGUCAGCGACUGCACUGUCUCCAGCUCCACCGAGAUCGGCGCGGACGACAAGAAGCUGGCUGAGUGCGCGUCGCCCAAGGGCUCGCCGCUGGCUGAGGAGGCGCCGCGGCCGGCCGAGCCGCCGGCGGCCGCCUGCGACCACUCGGCCACGCUCGGAGAGCCGCUGAUCUCUAGCAGCUCAUCGCUGAGCCAGCAGCCGCCGGCGGAGAAGGCUGACGAUGCCAAGGAGCUGCUGAAGGACCGGCUGCUGAGCGACACCGACCUGCUGAAGGCCGUCAUCAACCCCAAGACGCCGCUGGACGGGCUGAGCGUGAUGGAGCAGGUGAUGACUGUGAAGACGGAGCACGUGAUCGCCGAUGGCGUGCCAGGCAAGCUGGACGCGGGGAGCGUGAUCGCGCCGCCCGAGCCGCCGGCGCUAGCCAGUGACCUGCCGCCGGCGCCGGCGCGGACAGCAAAGGUGAAACGCGAACAUUCGGUGGGCGAACGGCCUCGCUCCAACAGUGUGUCGUCGCGCGGCGAGAAGAAGGACGCGUCCAGGUCGCACCGCAGCGAGCACCACCGGCGCGACAGGGCGGCCGAGCGGCCCAAGGAGCGCAGCAAGGACCGCCGCCCGAAGGAGGCCAAGGAGCCGGCGCGCGCGGCCAGCGCUGCCAAGCGUCGUCUGAGCUCGCUGGAGGAGAGCGACGGCUCGGCCGACUCGAAGCACGGCCGGCACCGGCACGAGCGGCGCGACGACUCGGCGCCCAAGAAGCCGAAGCUCGCCUCGGUCUCGUCGACCAUCUCGUCGUCGAGCGUCGAGCACGACGCGACGCGGCCGGAGAAGCCGCGCGACAAGCCGACCGGCGCGUCUUCGUCGCACCGGCACGACGAGGAGAAGGCCGAGCGUGAGCCCAAGCGGCCGCACGAGGCCAAACGCGAGGAGAAGCACGAGCGCAAGGAGGACAAGUCAAAGUACAAAAUACACAAGAAGGAGAACCAUGCGCCCGAGGAGAGGAAGGAGGAGGUGGCGAAGGCGAGCGAGCCGCACGUGCACAAGAGCGACGCCAAGAAGACCGCCGACGCACACGACCGGAGCAAACACCGCGACAAAAACACCGAGAAGAACAGCAAGAGCAAGUCCGGCAGUCACGAUCGGAGAAAGGACAAGCAUACUUCCAAAGAUCGAUCGGAGAGGGAUCGGGAAAACCCGGACAAGGUGUCGAAAGAGAGCAGGCGUCCAGAGAAGCCGUCCGUCCGGAAGGCGUCCAAGCUGGUGUACAGCUCGGACGGCGACAGCGACCACGAGGACAAGUCCCGCAAGAGCAAGGACAAAGAGCACGACAAGUCCCACUCUGUCCCGUGCAAGGAGAAAAGCCGAAGCAAAGAUCAGGACAAGCGGCGAGAGAAGAGGACAGCAGAGCCGAGCAAAAGCGAGCCGACGGAGAAGAGGGAGGCGCCGAAGCUGCACAUCAAGAUCGAGCCUGGUCUGGAGAGCAGUAAGGAAGAUCACGCCACGCGCUCUGACUCGGAGAAGCUGCACACGGGCGCGGACAAGAAGUCGCCCCACGGUGCGUCUAAGGACAAGUCAAAAACCAAGAAAAAGUCGCAACACUUCGGCAGCGACUCGGAUUCGGACACGAAUGACGACGAGCCGCCGAAGAAGAACAUCUUCGACGUUGUUCUGGACGACGAGCCGCCGUUUUUCAGCAUGUACGACAAGGUCAAGCGGCAGCGCGCCUGCCAGAUCAAGAAGGCGGAGGAGCCGAAGCCGGCGUCGAAGCCCGCCGUCGACAGCGAGUCCGCGUCGAAGAAGAGCAGCCGGCCCAAGUCGCAAAGCUCAUCACGACCGAAGGACAAGAAGACCUCCGGUGGCGUCCUGUCGUCAGGAAGCGACGAAAGCGACAACGACAUGGAGCGUUACCAUUCCAAGAAGAAGCCGUUCGACAGCUCGUCGGAGGAGGAGACGGCGCCGAAGAAGCCGACGGCCGACACGAGCAAACCGGAGGACUCACAGACGGCCAGCGCGCCCAAGCCGAGCAAGAAGAGUCGCGACUCGGACCGCGCUAGGACCUCCAAGCCCCGACUGAAGCCGAAGCCCCUGCUGUCGGACCACUCGGACGACGAGGAGGUCAAGAAGCCGGCGGCGAAGAAGAACAAGAAACUGCUCAUGUCUGACAUCUACAGCGACGAGAGCGACUCGUCGGGGCCGCCUGUGCUCGAGCCAUCGGUGGCGGUGGCCGAGGCGGCAGCGGCGGCGGCGGCGGCAGCAGCGGCAGCGGCAGCGGCAGCGGCAGCGGCAGCGGCAGCCAAGGACGACGCCAAGGCGCACCGCAGCCGCCGUGAGCGCGACAAGCCGCGCCCCAAGCCGCGUGAGCACGCCGGCACCGACGUGGCGUCGGCCGACGACGCGGCCGUGCGGGCGCGACGCGACGCGCGCAAGGAGCCGCAGGAGCGGCGGCGCGCGCGCUCGGGUCACACCGACGAGCGGCGCCGAGACCGACGCGAAAGUCAGAAGAAGGACGAACGCAUCGAGGCGAUCUUCGGCCCGAUGUCCGACUCGGACACGGCCGCGAGUCCGGUGCCGCCGGCGGCUGCGCCGGUCGCUGUCGAGAAGCCGGAGAAGCCGGCGGCGCCGGCGGCCGCGGUCGUCCCCGCUGCCGCCGUGCCCGCUCCGGCGCCGCCGCCGCCGGCCGCCGUCGUGCCCUCAUCAUCGUCCUCGCAGGGCUUCGGCGUCGGCGGCUUCAAGGGCAAGCUGCAAGUGUCAGACAUCUACGACUCGGACUCGGACGGCGGCGUGCCGGUGGACCGACCGCGCACGCCGGCCCUGCCUGCCGGCAAGCCGCGCGCUGACGACCGCAAGGAGCGCCGCAAACUGAAGGAGGCGGCGCGCGCGGCUGGCAGGAAGGACGCCGGUCGGCCGUUGGCCGACGAGGCCGCUGAGACGCGUCACGUGGCGGCACCGGCCAAGAACAUCGAGUCGUCGCUCAAGUCCAUCUUCGGCGACUUCGAAGACAUCACGUCUGACGUGCCGGCGGCGCCGGCGCUGCCGCCCGCGCCGCGGCCGGCCACGGAGCCCUCCGAGGAGAGCCGUCCGGCGGCGGCGCCGGCCGCGCGCUCGGCACCGCUGGCCGCCGCCGACGACGUGUUCCGCUUCAGCGACGAGAGCUCAGGACGCGUUCGGCCGGCCGCGCAAGGAGAAAAAGAAGAAGAAGAAGCGCGACAAGGACCGCGAGCGCAAGGACUUCCGCACGAGCUCAUCAGCCCCAAGACGCGCAAGUCGCCGAAACCGUGCCUGUCGCCCAAGCCGACGUAUGUGUCGCCGCGCGCCGCCGCGGCCGCGGCGGCCACCGAGGAGCGGCGCAACAGCCUUGACCCGUUCGACCAGCUGCUCGAGUCUCGUUCGUUCAAGUCGCCCGGCCGGCACCCGUUUGGGCUGCCGCGUUCGCCGGCGCUGCCGAGUCCGGGUCGCACGCCGGACGGCGAGGCGGCGACGGUCAAGGAGGAGCCGGCGCCGGCGCCCAGCAAGGAUCCGCUGGAGAAGAAGUCGCGUGCCGUCAUCUCGCAGGAGGAGACAGAAGAUGCAGUGGCUGCGCUGCUCGAGCCAGUAGCAGAGCCCGAGAUCGCGCCGGGGGUGAAGGUCGUGCCGAAGGCGGAGCUCAAGACCAAGGCGCUGCCGGCGCCGGAUCCGGAGCCAAAGCCGGGGCCGGAACCAAAGCUGGAACUAAAGCCGGAGCCGGACGUGGAGCCUGUGCCUGUUCGAAAGCGCGGCGCGGCGCAGAAGGCGGGCGGUGCCAGCGACGUCUACGAGUUCCACGACUCGGGCGACGACGAUGGCGGCAGAAAGGCGGGUGCCAAGGUGGCCGCCGAGGAGAAGAAGCGCUCCAGCAUCGACGAGACGAUCGAGGACGUGGUGCAGGGUCGCUUCGGCGACCCGAAAGACUGGGAAGCGGACGUGGAGGAGAAGAAGCCAACCGCGGCCGUGUCGGUGUUGUACCCGGCCAUGUCGGCGACGUCAGCCGCCGCCAGCACGGCCGUGCUCACCGUGAAGCCGGUGGUGAGCUCCGGCGGCGCAGGCACUUGCGCGCCGAAGCCUCCCGUCAGUGCGGCCGCCGCCGCGCCGUUCGCGACGAAGGUGGCGGCGAGCGUGACGGCCGCGUAUCCUGCCAAGCCACCGGUCGUCUCAGCACCGGCGCCGGCCGCGUUCGCCGCCAAGGCGGUGGCCAGCGUGGCCGGGCCCGCCGCGUUCGCCGCGAAGCAGCCGGCGGUGACGGCGUCGGCGUCGGCACCGGCGAUGUUCGUCGCGAAGGCGGCGGUGAGCGCGGCGACGCCGGCGCUGUACGCGGCCAAGCCGACCGUGACGUCUGCAUCGCCGGCGCUGUACUCAGCCAAGGCGGCGCCGACCACGGCCGGCCCGGCGCCGCUGGCGGUGACCAAGCCGGCGGCUGCGCCGGCCGCGGCUGCAGCGGCCGCCGCCGGGUACCUAGGCAAGCCGACGGUGACGCCGGCGACGCGGCCGUCGGUGGUGGAGAGCCCGCGGCCGCGACCGGCCGCCGUCAGCCUGACAGUGGAGCCGCGCCGGCUCGGCGCUCUGCCCGCCGACCAGCCCAUCUCGUACAAGCUGGGUCCAUCGACGUCGUCGGCGGCGGCGGGGGCGCUUCCGCCGGCGCACCUGUCGACGGCCGGGCAGCAGACGCCGGUGUCGCUGACGACGCGAGACGCGGCGCCGUCGGAGCCGCCGGCCGAGCCGCCGCGUGUGGAGGUGUCGGGCCGCGCCUCGGUGGGCGCCGUCAGCACACCCAGCCCGGCCAGCCAGGGCCGCCACAGCGUGCCGUCGCCGGCGCCGCGGCCCUUCGACCCGGCCGCCAUGCACCCGGUGCGGCACGGCGUGAUCCAGGAGCUGCAGAAGAGCUACCCGGACGAGACGGGCCGCGGCUCGCCGCACACCCCGCCGCCGGCCCACCAGCGGGUCGUCUCCCAGAGCGACAUGCUGCGCCGCGCCGGCAGCCUCGUGCUGCCGCCUCACCUGGCGUCGUCCGCCUCGCCGGCCGAAUUGCCGCCCCACUACAUGCACCAGCUGUACCCGUACUACAUGCAGUUCCACGAGAUGGCUCUGCAACGCGCCGCCGGCCUACAGCACCCGGGCUACGCGCCGCCGCUGCCGCUCAAGGAGAAGCUCAAAGCGGCCGACGAGGAGGAGCGGCCGCCGACGGCCGGCGCCGAGCCGUACGCCACCGGCGGCCGCUGGCACCCGGCCUACCACGAGCAGGCGGCGGCGGCGGCGGCGCCGCUCCGGCUCGAGUCGCCUUGCAGCCGCGACAUCGUCGAGCUGCAGAGGUACCGGUCGGUGUGGGCCGGCCAGCUGGAGCUGAAGAGCGACCGCGCGCUGGUGCAGUUCCGGCUGGUGUCGGGCAGCCGGUUGGUGGCCGACGCCUCGCUGCCGACCGCCGAGCCGCGCGUCCUGCACAUCCCCAAGCGCAUGCGGCUCGAGUGGGCCCAGCUGGACGGCGUCGCACGCAAAAUGGAGAACGAGGACGAGUACUGCAUGCUGCUGGCGCUGCCGGCCAUCCCGGAGGGCGGCAGCCAGGCGGAGGAGCUGGCGCAACGCUCCACCCUGCGCACGGCCUUCAUCACGUACCUGCAGCUGAAACAGGCGGCCGGCAUCAUCAACAUCGAUGGUCCGCAGGGCAGCUACGUGGUGCACAUCUUCCCGCCGUGCGACUUCGCCAACGAGAACAUGGCGCGCAUCGCGCCCGACCUGCUGAGCGCCGUGGCCGAGGUGCCGCACCUGGUCAUCGUUAUCGCCACCUGCUGAGCCGGCGCGUCGCCCGGCCGGCCUCCGCGCGCGCGCGUUCGCGCCGGCGCGGUCCGGCCCCCGCCUCGUACGCUUAAAUGAUGACUGUCCACGGCCUACGUUGUUACAUGUGUAGAUUGUUAUUAGUAGUGGAAUCAUGGCUUGGAUUGAUUUGGUCCCCUGCCGUUUUGUCUGUGUCGGAUAUAUCUCGCCAUGUACAAAUUUGAUCCUGCGCCCGUGUAUAUACUGUAUAUAGCUGUAUAUAGAGAUAUCUCAUCAUCACACACAGACACACCCCUUUUUACGCUUUUGAUUGACUUGAACUUGCAGCAGUUCACCGAUUUGUCUAGAUCCAUCUUUAGGAUCGCGUGUUUAUCGGCUGGCCGGACAGACCGAGGCUCUUGCAGUCCAAGGAGUCUGUUGUUCCUCAACGUUCAUCGCUCGUUCACAAGAAUUCAUGUUUCCAGUAUUUUAGCUACUAUUCAAGAGAUCAUUAAAAACGACUUGCAUUGAAGGCCACUAAGGUCAUUUGUCCGUCUGGUUUGCCGUUAAAUUGGUCUUCAUCGCGAUCCUGAACUGUGAGUUGCUAAUUGGAUUUAGACGUUUCCUGUUCGUUUUGGGCAAACUUACCAUUUGGAAAGCGGCCUCAGUAUGAAGGUAGUUGUUGACAGUGGAGUUUGCUCAAUGCCUGUGCUAAAAUAUUAUAUUUUCGAUUCCCUAGUGUGUAAAGUGAGCCGUAUAUUUUUCUGUUGUAGCAUCAUGAUUGUGUCUCGAGCGCGCGUGCGGAGUAGUUGGUCGGCGGCCGUGGAGAUGUCGCCACAUUGCUCCGGGCCGCCGCCCGCCCGCUCCGCGCCGCGCCCGAACUAACCGUUAGAUGUCGGUGUGUGGCCGAGGCUGUGAUCAGAGUAAAACUCCUGAUUGUAAUGUCUACAGAACGUUAAGUUAUUUGAUCAUGGAAAAUAAAAUAAAAAAUAAAAAUAU